AUGAUGAGCCCUACUUAUGUCCAGUGGGACAUUGUCUAUUCCUUAUAUAACUUUGGCUCUAUUUUCAUUAUUGUCCUGAUUAUCUGGCAGGUCAAAAAGAUCCAGCAUGGACUCAGGUUGGGCCAUAACAGGAGCUGCUGCUGGCGUCACCGAAGAGUCCGACAAAGGACUAGAGAGGCAGUAUCGAGAGCUAGGAGAACGUCCCCGGAAGAAGCUGAGAAACCACAGAAGCUGCUCUCUCUCUUGAAAAGCCAGGGCUGGCUUCCUCAGGAGGGACAUGUGCGGCGGCUCCUGUGUGCAGACCCCUGCUGCCACAUCUGCAACGACAUGGCUCUGGAGAUUCAGCAGCUGCUGACGGGUGACAACACGCUGGCUGCCCCCACCUCAGCGGGGGCGUCACUGCGUCCCUCUUGCCUAGGGGUUCUGUCCACGUCUGCUGUCUCUGAGGAGAGUCGGCAGCGGGGUUCCCGGCACUGCAGAGUGCACUCACUGGCACCUCUAAGCCCCGCACUGCCACAAGCAAGAGACCAGCAAUCCUCUCCGCAGACGGCUGCCCGGUCAACGGGCCCAGUCAGCGCCCACGAGGACUGCGAUGAACACCUGCAGCUCGGGCAGGAAGUUCAACUGCCAGACGCGUCCUGGGACCCACAAGCUCUGUGUCCUUCGAGGCUUGAGAAGCCCAGGGCUCCUGUGAGCCGCCAGGAGAGGAACGAGAGCAACCCCUAUGUUGUCCGGGAGAACCAAGACCAGCAGCCCUGGAAUUCCCAGGUUGCUCUGUUGUCUCUGAACACAGAGCUCACUCAUCUGACACACCCUAUGGCUUUGCAUGUGGUCACUGUCCUCCCUGCCCACCUGCCAUUCCUCAGCCCUGAAGUCCUUGGGCUUCUUGAGGUCCAUAUGAAAAAGUGGAUACAUUUCCAGAGGUGGGGACUCCCCAGACAUGUGGAGGAGUCCCUGAGGCAGCUUGUGCCACAGCCCCCACUGCUUUGCCAGCCUGGAAACGGCCAACCAGUACCUUUCACCAGGAUCAAUACUUCUGAUGCCUGUGUCAAAACAACUGGGCCCAUUGCCCACAGGGCCUGGCCUUCAUGGAUGGUCAGCCAGCCCACCCAGGCCUUUGGGGUCUCUGAAUGGUCCAUAAAGGACCCAGAACAAAGGCACCACUGCCAGGAAACCCCAAACUGUCUGGCUCUUGCUUUGCCCUCUCCAGCCCUCAAAGUCCUAAAGGGCCUCCAUCCACCACCUGGGGGACAGGCCAAAGAUUCAGGGAACCCUCUGAAGCAGCAGCACAGCCAGCUGUUCUGUGGCCUCCCUUGUCUACACAGUGAGUCCCUAGUUGCCACCUUCCUGGGCUCUCAAGGCCUCUCCCUUAGGUGGGACUUGCCAGCUCUUCUCCAGAGAUCUCAGCAUGCCCAGAGCCCCAUGCACUAUGGGCCCUGUGACACAGCCCCGGCUCCCGAGAUCAGGGAAGCUUCCUGGUCAGGGAAGCCCACCUCAGGCCUCUCGAGGCAACUACUCUUCUUCCCAGACCAUGUCCGGAGGCUGCUGGAGUUCCACCUGCAGAAGAAGUUGAUUGACCGUCACUGGGGCCUGCCCCAGAAGAUCGAGCAGUCCUUCAAGUUGCUCCUGUCCCCUGCUGACCAGCAGCCCCUGCCCUGGAGCAGCACAGCCUUGGACAACGUGAGCGUCCUCCAGCCUGCAGCCCCAGAGGCCAAGGGGGUUAAUGACCUCUUCUCACCUACCUUGGCCCCGGUGUUACUCCCCACGCCACAGUUGCUUAUCCAAGCCAAAGCAAUACUUCAGAGCCACAUCGACUCCAAAGGUUGGCAGAUCCGCCAGGGCACUUUCCCAACCCGUGUAUGUAUCUCCUGGGACUUCAGAAAUCCUCGGAGCCUGCCAGUGACUCCCUCCCCCUGCAUUCCAGAAAGCCAGCCCCUGGAGCUGCAGGCAGCAACCGAUCCUGACCUAGAGCAGGAAGUAGUGUCCCAGAUGCCAACAGCCAUUGGUCAGCAGACCUCACCAGGUGCUGUCAUUGAGCACACUAAGCCGUCCCGAUCCCUAUCUGAGGGAGCCAUUCAGAAACUGGAGACGACUUUACGGCACAAGUACCUGGCCUUCCUGUCAGGGCUACCCGCUCUCUAUUCUGUGGCUCUCUCUAAGGCCCUGGGCCCAGCAAUCACCAGCCAAUCCUCUGUGAGCGCCCAGGUGACGCCUGAGCCUUUCGAAAUCCCAGCAGAGCCCCUGAAUGAGAUGGUCUCCUAUGAAGACCCCUGUACGUGUCCUGGGCCAGCCUUUCAAGAGGACAAGACUUGUGCAGACCGUGCCCGCGGACUCCUGUCUGAUGGGCAGGAGGAAAUAAUGGAGACAGUGCCUCUCGGAGGCCAGACAGAUGCUGAUCUUCCCCCCGUACUCAGGAGACCCACCUUGACAAAACUGAAUUUCCAUCUGAGGAAAAAGGUCCUAGAGAUGCAGUUGGGAAUUCCCAUGAAGGCAAGGAAGUCCAGGGACCAAACUGUGGCCGUCCCUGGGAACAUAUCCACACAAGAGGCAUGUGGGAGUCUAACCAACCAGGAACUCGCCAUCCCAGCAGACACUCCACACACUCCAGAAGCAGAAUGGGCUCGCCUUAAAGAACUACUGAUCAUUGAGCUAAAGUUAGUACAACAGAGCCAGAAGCAAGCUAGUUCCCGAGCAGUGCCCUGUGGUUCUGGCCACUGUGUCUCCCACAUCUCCCGACCCAGUGGGGACAAGGCAGACGCCCAGGUGCUUUGUGUUCAGCUGGAAGCCAGCAUGAACAGCCCCAGUCUGGAGGAGGCCUGGUGCCCUGAGUCCCGAGGCCCUGGCGAAAGCAAGAACUCAGCCCAAGUGCCCACCCCAGCAGAGAAGGAAGAGGACCCAGGGAAACCCAAAGCAGCAGGGGACCAUGGAGAAGGGGAUGCAGGGUUUGGGCUCCCCUCAACCAGAGAAAACAGACACCCUGCUGAAGACCAGAGGCCAGCAGGGACCCCUCUGAACAAGAUGCCCCAAGGCCCCUGGAGAAGGAACCAUAGCUUUGAUCUUGCUGCCACCUGUAAGCAGACGCCUGGGCACUGUCCUCAGCUUAAGCCGCCAGAGCUACCUCCAGUAGUCUCUAGCAGGAAAGAGCCUGAGAAGAAUGACGUACAACACAGUCACACCAAGCCGAAUCUCCUCACAGAGCCAGCAAGGAUCCCUGGGACUCCCCAGGCUUCACAGGACCAGCCUUUGGAUCUGCCUUCCCCUCAGAGGAUGACUGCUACCUUUUACCCCACCAAGGACCGCACCAUAUCACCCUCCUAG